AUGGUAAAAAUGUUGAAGAGGAAAUAUAACAUAAACAUGUUAGGUUUGAUUGAAACAAAAAGAGAGGAUAUUUCGAAAUAUGAUGUUGGCAGGAUUUGGGGGAAUAGUACGGUAGGUUGGGAGUUUGUGGAGUCUGAUGGGGCAUCCGGGGGGCUGUUGUUAAUGUGGGAUGAUAUGAUGUUUCAGAAACGUAAUUGUUAUAAAGGAGAGAGGUGGUUGUGUGUUGAAGGCGUGUUAACAAAGAAUAAUUUUCAGUGUGCUUAUUGUCUAGUGUAUGGGGCACAUGAGAGGGAGGCAAAGCGGGUGGUGUGGGAAGAGUUGAGCUAUAUUGUAGGCUUGUGUUCGUUGCCUUUCUGUUUGUUGGGGGACUUCAAUGAGAUUCUGCAAGUGGAGGAUCGUAAAGGGGUGCAGAGCUUGCCGGUCUCAGCGGAAGAUUUUAAGAGUUGGGUUCUAGACAUGCAGUUGGUGGAUCUACCCCUUACUGAUAGGAAGUUCACAUGGUUCAGGGGUCAAUCUUGUAGUAGAAUUGAUAGGGUGUUGGUUAAUAUUGAAUGGGUGGAGGAAUUUCCUGACAUUAGGCUGAAAGGUGGUCCUAGGGGCUUGUCGGAUCAUUGCCCGUUGAUUGUGGAGGUUACAAGGGUUGGAGGGGAGCAUCGACCGUUCAGAAGUCUAGAUUCUUGGUUCACCCAUGAGGGUUUUCUAAGGAUGGUAAAAAAUGAAUAG